UGUUCGUCCUCCGCCGUCCGGCAUAUCGCAAGGAAGGAUAGUCCAGACAAACGUCGGAGAUGGCGCGACCUCGUCGCGAGGACUCCUUAAAACAGUCUUUGCUGAAUGUUUCUCCCUCUGGUCGAGAAGCUAGGACGCAGGACCACCUAUGGAGUCCGACAUAUCCUGGUGUCUUAGGAGUACCGAUGUGGUUGUCUUACUGUAGUGGAUCAAUGUAUGUCCUGUACACAUCAGCACCCCUUUUGAUAGUCCUCGGGCCGUUAGGUAGCUAGAAAAUAAGGAGUACUGCAUGACCGCUU